AUGUCACUAGAAGCAAGCUCGCAAUACUCCGAACUCAAUAAUGAAGCAAACAGUAGCAAUCAUGUUCCACAUUCACACAACCAUCCGACAUUGCAAAAGGUGGAGUUUGAAGGUGAAAUCCUCACCAUAGAUACGAAUAACUGGAGACACUCCAAACUUUUACAAACCCAGAUUAUCUCAUCGUACCUUGUGUUUAUAUUGUUUGGUUUGAAUGAACAAACUGUUGGAACAUUGAUUCCAAAGCUACAGGAGCAUUACCACCUCAGUGAUCUACAUGUUAGUUUUAUUUUUUUCAGCUCUGUUUUGGGGUACUUGACAAUGGCAUUGGUGAACAACAAAACCCAUGACCAAUUAGGCAUUAGAGGAGUGGCAGUAUUGGGGGCAUCUGCUAUGUGCUUGGGCAACUUGUGCGGUUCUUUUAGACCGCCAUUUCUAAUUUUUCUCAUUUGCUAUUUCUCAAAUGGAGUUGGCCUUGGAGCUUUAGAUGCGUCAUUAAAUGCGUGGAUGGGUAACCUUGUUGACUCAAAUCAAUUGUUGGGGAUCUUGCACGGUUGCUAUGGUAUUGGAAGCUUAAUCUCACCGAGUUUGAUUACUUAUCUUUUGGAAAAACUGGACAACCCAUGGCAAUGGAACAGCUAUUACCUUUUAGUUGCAUCCUUCGGUGCAACUGUGCUUAUACUAGUUGGCUAUACUUUCAGGUUUGAAACUCCAAAGAAGUACAAGUACAUGGCCCAACUAAGGCACCAAAAGUCCAAACAGAGGAGGCCGCAUGACGACAACGAUGUGAAUGAGUUCGAGCUAAACGACAUGAACAAGACCAAUUUUGAUGUAGAGGAGGAUGCGGAAGCGGAAGAGGAAGAAGAGCAUUCAGCUACAUUUAUGCAGGCGGUGAAACUGCCUCUCGUAUGGGGCUUUGCAGGAAUUCUCUUUAUUUACGUGGGUGGUGAGGUUGCCUUUGGGGCUUGGUUGGUAACAUACUUGUUAAGGAUAAAGGACUGGACAUACAAAGCGUCAUCCCAUAUGGCAACUACGUUCUGGUUAGGAUUAACUGUGGGUAGAUGCACACUUGGCUUUGUAACUGCUCAUUAUUUUAGCAAUGAGUUAACUGCAAAUCUUGCCUACAUUGUGGGCUCUUUACUUGGUUACGUUUUUUUCUGGUUUCUUUCAUUCACGCAGCAAGUGGUAUUUCUAUUCAUUAUUGUGUUUGUGACUGGGGCAAUGGUGGGGCCAAUCUUUCCCACCACUAUUGUUGCUCUGGUCAACAUCUUACCUGCAAAAUAUCAAACUGUCGGCAUUGGCUUUAUUUGUGCAUUUGGUGGUGGAGGAGCUGCCGGUAUCCCAUUUUUGGUUGGCCUAUUGGCGGAUUCAAGUGAGGGCGGGUUGAAGGCAUAUCCAGUGAUGGUGAUUAUAAUAUUUGCAAUACUAUUGGUGCUGUGGAUGGUGAUUAUUAAAAAGCACGCCAGAGGGUACAAAAGGAAUACGAUUUGA